AUGCCUCUCUUUGGCAAAGAUAAAAAAUCCAAAACCAAAAACGGUUCGGUGAAAGAAUGUGGCGGGGACAAAAGUCUUCUGGACGAAAAGUAUGUUUUAAAGGAGCAGUUGGGUACGGGGGCGUUUUCCGAGGUGCGACUGGCAGAAAGUAAAGAGAAACCCGGACAAAUGUAUGCCGUGAAAAUAAUUGAUAAGAAGGCCCUCAAGGGCAAGGAAGACUCCCUGGAAAACGAGAUUAUGAUCCUGAGGAAGCUCAAGCAUCCGAAUAUCGUUCAACUUUUGGAAACUUUCGAAGAUAAGAGCAAGGUGUAUUUGAUUAUGGAGCUGGUCACUGGGGGUGAACUGUUCGAUAGGAUUGUGGAAAAAGGUUCUUAUACGGAAAAAGACGCCGCCCACCUGAUAAGACAAGUGCUGGAGGCGGUGGACUAUAUGCACCAACAGGGCGUGGUCCAUCGCGACUUGAAACCGGAAAAUUUACUCUACUACAGUCCGGACAAAGAGAGUAAAAUCAUGAUCAGCGACUUUGGACUGUCCAAAAUGGAGGACGCAGGCGUGAUGGCCACCGCGUGUGGCACACCCGGAUAUGUGGCACCUGAGGUUCUGGCCCAAAAACCUUAUGGGAAAGCGAUCGACGUGUGGAGCAUAGGGGUGAUUUCUUACAUACUGUUAUGCGGAUAUCCGCCCUUUUACGACGAAAACGACGUGAAUCUCUUCGCGCAGAUCUUGAAGGGGGAAUUCGAGUUCGAUUCGCCUUAUUGGGACGAAAUCAGCGACUCCGCCAAAGAUUUCAUCAGGAAUUUGAUCUGCGUCAACGUGGAGAAGCGGUACACUUGUCGGCAGGCGUUGGCUCACCCCUGGAUUUCCGGAAACGAGGCCUCCAGUAAGAAUAUCCAUGGGACUGUGUCCGAACAGCUCAAAAAGAACUUUGCCAAGUCCAGAUGGCGCCAGGCGUACCACGCGACGGCCGUCAUCCGUCAGAUGCAACGGAUGGCGUUGAGCAGCGGCGGGGGCGGCGGAGGCGGCCAAAAGAGUCCGUCGCCGCAGCCGCCCACGCCCCACUCCUCCAGUGCGGACCAAUCGCGGGGCAGCAGCGCUUCCUCCUCCUCUGGAAAACCUUAAAAUUCGUUCCUUCAUUGACGGAACUCACCCAGCCUACUUAAGUACUACUACUACUCGUAAUAUUAAUUGAUUGAUCAUGCGCGGUUUAGCUUUAAAUUCUCCUCGUAUAAAUAAUAAAAUAAAGGCUUAAAUAUCGGACAAUAUGUUCCUGGUAAAGGAGAAAAAUGGCACAGGGAGAGAUUUUGAAAAGAUGUGCCAAACCGGGGCUUAUAGCGGCUUUUUUAAUAGAAAAUAAAAAUAUCUGUACAGGGUGUUUCGUAGGCGGGAUAUUACAGGGGGGAAAGCAACGAAUUGUUCAAUGUCUAAAACGCUCUCAAAAAUAUUGUAUCGAUUUUAGUUGUAUAUACAACCAUUUUGGAAUUAUUGAGGUCUUACAAAAUGCUAAAUAUCUUCAAAACCCAUGUACCGAUUUUACUCGUUUUAGUUUCAUAUGAAAACUGAUGAGUAUCUUUAUCAAAAAGGUCCUUACAAGUUUCCUUGUAAAUUCAACUGUUUUGGAGUUAUCGAGAACUUCUAGGGAGAGAUUGAGAAAAUCUCGAUACUGUCAAAGGCUUUACAAAAAUCUAAAUAUUUCGAAAACUCCUGUAUCAAUUUAAUUGAAUUUAGUUUCAUAUAAAAACUGUUGAGUUUCUGUACAAAAAAGCUCUUACAAGUUUCCUUUUACGUAAAACAACUUUCAAGUUAUGGAGUCAAAAUUUACAUUGUCAAAGGCUUUAGAAAAAUCUAAAUACCGUAAAGUGGGGCGCUACUUUGUGACAAUUUUGUAGGUUUUUUUGAUGCUAAAUCAUGUAAACUUGCAAAUAAUAAUAAUAAUAUUAUUUGCAAGUCCAGGAGUGUCUGUAAGGAGGAAAAUAAUAUGUCUCUUAUUGGCAAGUGAAUAUCUCGAGUUCUAGUGGUCCAAAUUUCGAAAUUCUUGAUUUAUAGACUAGUCUAAAGACUAUUUUAGUCUUUUUUGAAAAAAUCAUUCAAAUCCGUUCAUUAGAAGUCAAGAUAUUGGAAUUCUUAGUCCAGGAGUGCCUGUAAGGAGGAAAAUAAUAUGUCUCUUAUUGGCAAGUGAAUAUCUCGAGUUCUAGUGGUCCAAAUUUCAAAAUUCUUGAUUUAUAGACUAGUCGGAAGACUAUUUUAGUCUUUUUUGAAAAAAUCACCAAAAUCCGUUAACUAGAAGUCAAGAAAUUGGAAUUCUUAGUCCAGGAGUGCCUGGAAGAAAUAAAAUAAUUUGUCUCUUAUUGGCAAGUGAAUAUCUCGAGUUCUAGUGAUCCAAAUUUCGAAAUUUUUGAUUUAUAGACUAGUCUGAACACUAUUUUAGUCUUUUUUGAAAAAAUCAUUCAAAUCCGUUCAUUAGAAGUCAAGAUAUUGGAAUUCUUAGUCCAGGAGUGCCUGUAAGGAGGAAAAUAAUAUGUCUCUUAUUGGCAAGUGAAUAUCUCGAGUUCUAGUGGUCCAAAUUUCAAAAUUCUUGAUUUAUAGACUAGUCUGAAGACUAUUUUAGUCUUUUUUGAAAAAAUCAUUCAAAUCCGUUCAUUAGAAGUCAAGAUAAUGGAAUUCAUAGUCCAGGAGUGCCUGGAAGAAAUAAAAUAAUUUGUCUCUUAUUGGCAAGUAAAUAUCUCGAGUUCUAGUGGUCCAAAUUUCGAAAUUCUUGAUUUAUAGACUAGUCGGAAGACUAUUUUAGUCUUUUUUGAAAAAAUCAUUAAAAUCCGUUCACUAGAAGUCAAGAUAUUGAAAUUCUUAGUCCAGGAGUGCCUGGAAGAAAUAAAAUAAUUUGUCUCUUAUUGGCAAGUGAAUAUCUCCGGUUCUAAUAGUCCAAAUUUCGAAAUUCUUGAUUUAUAGACUAGUCUGAAGACUAUUUUAGUCUUUUUUGAAAAAAUUACUAAAAUCCGUUAACUAGAAGUCAAGAAAUUGGAAUUCUUAGUCCAGGAGUGCCUGUAAGGAGGAAAAUAAUUUGUCUCUUAUUUGCAAGUGAAUAUCUCCGGUUUUAUUAGUCCAAAUUUCGAAAUUCUUGAUUUAUAGACUAGUCCGAAGACUAUUUUAGUCUUUUUUGAAAAAAUCACUAAAAUCCGUUCACUAGAAGUCAAGAUAUUGGAAUUCUUAGUCCAGGAGUGCCUGUAAGAAGGAAAAUAAUAUGUCUCUUAUUGGCAAGUGAAUAUCUCGAGUUCUAGUGGUCCAAAUUUCGAAAUUCUUGAUUUAUAGACUAGUCUGAAGACUAUUUUAAUCUUUUUUGAAAAAAUCAUUCAAAUCCGUUCACUAGAAGUCCAGAUAUUGGAAUUCUUAGUCCAGGAGCGCCUGUAAGGAGAAAAAUAAUUUGUCUCUUAUUGGCAAGUGAAUAUCUCCGGUUCUAUUAGUCCAAAUUUCGAAAUUCUUGAUUUAUAGACUAGUCCGAAGACUAUUUUAGUCUUUUUUGAAAAAAUCACUAAAAUCCGUUCACUAGAAUUCAAGAUAUUGGAAUUCUUAGUCCAGGAGUGCCUGGAAGAAAUAAAAUAAUUUCUCUUAUUGGCAAGUGAAUAUCUUGAGUUCUAGUGGUUGGAAUCUUGUAAUUAUUGAUUUCUGAAAUACUUUAGCGCUUUUUAAGUGUUUUCUGAAAAAAAUCAUUAAAAUCCGUUCAUUAGAAGUCAAGAUAUUGAAAUUCUUAGUCCAGGAGUGCCUGGAAGAAAUAAAAUAAUUUGUCUCUUAUUGGCAAGUGAAUAUCUCCGGUUCUAUUAGUCCAAAUUUCGAAAUUCUUGAUUUAUAGACUAGUCUGAAGACUUUUUUAGUAUUUUUUGAAAAAAUCACUAAAAUCCGUUCACUAGAAGUCCAGAUAUUGGAAUUCUUAGUCCAGGAGCGCCUGUAAGGAGGAAAAUAAUUUGUCUCUUAUUGACGAAUGAAAAAUUUUCAUUAUUUCGAUUUUUAUUUUUUUCUGGGAAUGCUAUUGAUUGGAGAAAAAAAUGGUUAUAAUAAAAGCUGUUUGGAAUGUCAAUGCGCAUCAGAUGCAAUAGAAAAAUAAUUUUUAUCUUUAAUAGUUUUCCAGAAAAUUGAGAAAAACCGUUAAACAGUUUUUCAGAAUUUUCUCAAAAACUAUUGGGAAAAUUGAAAAUUUUCUUGCACUAUAGGAUUUCUCAUUAAAAACACUAUAAAUUAUGUAGAAUAACAUUUAGACGUGAAUUUUAAAAUAAAGGAGUUAUGAGCGAUUUUUGAAAAAUGAGCAAAAUUUUGGGGAAAUAAUGUAAAAAAAAAAUUUUUUUUUUUAAUUUAAUUUUUUUUCCAGUAUAUCGAUAGAACACCUAAAAUCCUUCAAAAAAGCUUAAUAAUACGUUUUUCGGAAAUGUACCAAACACAAGAUAUACCCAGAGUGUCAUAAUGGCGGUCUGCGUUUUUUUUUCGUUUUAGGAAUUCUAUGGUAGUCGGUAAACGACACUGUGCUUUCAUUAAUAUCUCCAAUAACACCGAAUCUAAUUCGAUAUACUUAAUGCCUUAAGCAUGUCAUUUAGGUCUACACCCUCCCCCAUAUUUUUAUUGUAUUCCUUGAUUAUCGCUGGCCGUUCAACUUCACCAAAAAAAAAACUACAUAUUAUUAUUAUUAACUCUAUUCAAACAACGAAUUGUUUGUUAAAAAUAAGGCUGAACACCCUGUAUAUCUCCUUAUCCAGCUUGCUAUUAUAUAAAAAAAAACGCUUCAAAACGAAUCUCAAAUUAAGUAAUUGUGUACUUAGCCAACUGUUAACUUAACUUAUUUGUAAGUACAUUUGUCUAGUUAUGUACGUCGUAUAUUAUACUUUGUAAAUACAUAACCUGAAAUAUUGAAUACAAAAAGAAAAAGGUGAUCAUACAUAGCGCAACUUAGAUAUUAAUAGAGUGUAGAAUAUUAGAUAGGUCCAUUCCAAUGUAAUUUCUAAUUAAUUUUUAACAUUCCACCGUAAUCUGUGUAUACGUUUCGUUAGUUUCCGACCCCAUAGAUUAUGUAAAAUUGCUUUAAUGUUGUAAAUACAUAGUAAAUAAACACUAUGGCGACUGUUUUAUAUAUAUAUAUACAGGAUGGGUCGAAAUUGGUUUUUUGAUUCGUUCUGGUAUAAAUAAUCGCCAAAAUUCCGUUCAAAUAUGGAGAUGUCGACGCGGUGAUUCUUGUGAUUUUUUAGUGAAUCUCUAAAAAAUGUUAACUAAUGUCUAUUGUAAUAUUUUUAUUUUUUUACACGGUAGCAGUUGUUUAGUUGGGGGAUAAAUAACCGGAUCUUAAUACAUUUAUUUACUACCUACUCGAAAUAAUGAAUACAUUAUAUUGUAACGAUAAAUUAUAUAAUAUGAUAUGAUGCUUUAUUGUAAGAAUUUUUUUUUUUUGGUUUAUCGGUCUAAUUCGAUCAUUACUCUCGUCUUGUUCAGCAUUUUAAUGAGGCGAAAAAUAUAUGGAUUGAAAAAUG